ACGUGUUCGUUUGUCCUUAGGGUUCUUGAGGUCGUAAGAAAUGUGGACCCCCGAAGCUUUUUACCCUCGUUCUUUGGGAAUGAAGGACGGAGGUCCGGGCAGUGGCGGCGGCAGCGCAAGGCGCGGGAAUCGUCCACUCCCCCGAUCGGUGAGUCCGGCGCUAGAAUUGGCAUAGAAUUUUCCCGCGCAUCACCGCAGCCGGGGAAUGAAUCGCAAUCCGCCGCUUUCGAGCGCCAAUGGCGAGCAGGAUCGCGCAAGAACGCCCGCGGCGGUGACGAGCGGCAAUAUUUCGGACGAGAUCCGCGACGGCGAGGCGUCUGUCAAUGGCGGCGAUGGCAGCGGCUACUCGUCCUUCUCUCCCUCGGAUCCAAACGAGCUCCUCCUCCGCCAGGGCCCCCGCCACGCGCCGCUCACUCCCCUCCGGAUCGUCCGCGGCCUGGCGUGCCUCCUCGUCCUCCUCUCCACCGCCUUCUUCAUGCUCAUCUUCCUGGCGCCAUUCUGCUGCGUCCUCGUCCGGAUCUUCAGCCGCCACCACAGCCGCGAGCUCGUCGCCUUCUUCUUCGGCCACUGGCUCGCAAUGUGGCCCUUCCUCUUCGAGAACAUCAACGAGACGAGGGUGGUCUUCUCGGGCGAUCGCGUCCCGGGCGGCGAGAGGGCGAUCGUGAUUUGCAACCACAGGACGGAGGUGGAUUGGAUGUACAUCUGGAACCUGGCGCUGCGCAAGGGCCGGAUUGGGCACGUCAAGUACGUGGUCAAGAACAGCGUCCGCGAUCUCCCCGUGUUUGGCUGGGCGCUCUACGUGAUGGAGUUUCUCCUCAUCGAGAGGAAGUGGGAAGUGGACGAGCCCCUCAUGGAGCGCUAUCUCUCGAGCUUCAAGGACGCCAGGGAUCCUCUCUGGUUGAUCCUCUUCCCGGAAGGAACUGACUACACGGAGCAGAAGAAGCUGGCUGGCCAGGAACUCGCCGAGAAGAAAGGCUUGCGCAAGCUCAAUCACGUACUCAUGCCAAAGACCAAAGGAUUCCAAUCGUGCGUGAAGAACCUUGGCAGCUCUCUCGACGCAGUCUACGAUCUCACGAUCGGCUACAAGAACCGCUGCCCUCUCUUCAUCGACAACCUGUUUGGAAUCGAUCCAUCCGAAGUCCACAUUCACAUCCGGCGCAUACCCGUGGAGCAAAUCCCCUCCGAUGCAAACGGGUGCUCGUCGUGGCUGUACAAGGCGUACGAGCGCAAGGACGAGCUCCUCAGCUCCUUCAUCAAGAAGGGUUACUUCUCUCCCGGAGGAAGCAUCGAGGACAAGCUCCCGACGAGCAAGUCCCUGGUAAACUUCACCGGAGUAGCGGCGUUCACGCUCGUCCUGGGAUACCUCGUCGCCUCCUGCCUCUGGAUGAAGCUCUACAUCGGCCUCAGCUGCCUCUACUUCGCAAUCGUGAGCCACUUUGGCUGGAGAUCGGCUUAAGGGGAGGUCGUUCUUUCCUUCUUCGCUUAGUUUCCUCGGUUCUCCUUUUUUUCCUACUUCGGUAUCCUCGUUUCUCCUUUUUCUCCUCCUCUUUGUAAAUGUGUACCUCGUUUAAUACCACGACGCCUCCUUGAGAGCGAUUGCCGAGACA